AUGACACGAUCAAAUAGGAGGCUAACCUUGCACCAAAUAUACAGCGAUGAUGUACCUCCUCUUGCUGAUUCAACUUGGCAACAACUACCAAAAACCAAGCACAAGUCACAAAGGAGGUUGAAAGCAGCAUCAAAGGGGAAUAAAACGGCUGAAGCUUUUAGUAGUAGACAAAUAGAACCAAUAGUGAGCCCACAUGAGAUAACCGCUCUUUCACGAAACAAAGACAUACUUGCUCCAACUGUAUUUGCACAAACAGUCGGUACCCCUUGUCAUACAACCCGAGGUCCUGUCACAUCGUAUCGUCCCACUAGACUUCCAACGAUAAGAACCCUAUUGAAUAAAGUUAAUGAAACUCGUAGCAUAACUACGGCCCAAAAUGUGUUUGAUAUGUGCAACUUUUACAACAAGCCAUACUCAUUAGUUUCUGAUUUGAAAGCAAACUUUGUACAUAAUUGCGAGCCAAUAAAACUGCUUGGAAGUUUAGGAACGACUCUGGUCCAACAACACAUCAGUCUGCAGAGUGUUUAUCUGUGUGGUAAGAAACAAAAGUUCUCGAUCGGAUACUUGCUCAAUGAUGAAGUGCAAAAGAGUCCUGUCAUCGACGACGCCCUUGAGGUACCCCAUGUUGAAGCUCUUGUUUGCAAAAGCCCGAGCAUUGAUUACAACAGAAACGAUAACUACCAAGAGGAUUAUCAGGGCGUUGAUGAUGACCAUAGCGUUCCCAUAUAUGACUCACCAGACAAGAUACAUCCCUCUCAUAAGAGAGCAUCCCAGAAAGAACAACAUAGCAAUGCUGUUUUUGAUGCAAUGGACUUGCUACACUGUGAGAGACCGGUUUACAGGUUUUGA